AUGGCCGCCGCGAUGGUGGAAGGAGGAGAUGGACAGCGGAGGACGAAGAAGAAGAAGCUGGCGGCAGGAGAGGCUUCGGUGGGGGGAGGCCGGUGGCCUCUCGUCAGACCCAAGCUGGAUCUCCAGAUCACCCGUCUGAAGGGCGACGAUCUUUUUACGGUGCGUACCGCCUCCUUUGUUUCCUCUUCGGUGCUCUACCCUCCCCGAUCGUUUAGAGGAUGGGGAAGAGCACGAAGAAAUUCCGUGAACCGGAGGACUUUGAAGAUCCGUCUCGUCCACGCUUUUCUCGUGAUUCAGCUCCGAAAUUCGUUUGCUUCGAGAGAUAUUGCAUCUUUGUGGAAACUUGAUAUUAUUUGUUUAUAUCGUGGGAAAAUGGAUUGUUGACUGGGAUCAGACGGGGCGAGGGAAAUUAUGCUUCUGUGUGGCUUCCGAUCCUCUUUCACAAAGGAAAGGAAGAUUUAUGAGGUGUGGUUCGCGAUGAUGGCCUUGAACAUCCUCUCUUGCAUGAUUCAAAACAAAGUUGUAUUGGAUCCUCCAUUUGUAGGAGGAUAAUUCAAGAGCUUCUUUCCGAGGUGGACUCUGAUCUAUGCUUGUGUUCAGUUGUACUCCAUGUCCGUCAAUCGAAGAAGACGCCAAUCAAUGGUUUUAACAGAGGACUGAAGAUGCCAUUUAUGAGUUUCUAGAAGUAGAUGAGGUAGUCCUCAUGAUCAAAAUCACGACGGGGACUCUUAACAGUCUUCGUAUAUUUAAAGGAUUUCACCCUUUCGGCAUCCUAGUGAUUCAUCUGUCAUAGGUUUAGGACAUUCCAUUAUUUCCGCACCUUAUAGCUGUUCUCUUCCUGUGCAUUCGUUUCUCAUCACGGACAUAAUUGGGUGGCAUCCCUUUACUUCCAUCUUUCACCCUGAGUUUCUGAUGGUUCUCACAUUGCCUUCCGCCGUCAUGCUCUCUUAACAGCCAGACUGCGGUUAUGACAUCUCCCAAAGAAGUUUUUUGAGAUGCCAUCCUCUCUCUCUCUCCCUCUCUCCCUCUCCCUCUCCUCUCCCUCUCCUCUCCCUCCCUCUCCCUCUCCCUCCCUCUCUCUCUCUCUCUCUCUCCCCCAGAAAAUCUGCCCUGCAUCUUUAAUCCAUGCUUCCAUAAGUUAGCAGUAGUCGUUUUUUUAUGCACUCAGACAACAUAAAGUAGCGGGAUAUUUUUUAUUGGUGCGUGAAGGAUGGAGUAAUACAGUUUUUGAUUUAGACGUGGACUAGUCUCUCCUAGAACAGCGUAGAGAAGACUUUCUUUCGCAAAGAAAUAUGAACCUUAACAAUUCUUUUCAACUUGGCCAGGAGAUUUUCUCCAAUAACUUUUUGAACUGAUAUACAUUGUGGGGAGUUCAGGAGAUAUCCAUUGUGUUCUUCUUUGACUCCUAUUGUUGCCAUUGUGAUCAGUCAACUGGUCAGAGGGAAGAGUCAACAUGAAGUUUAUUUUACCUAAAUCUUGAGUAUACCUUUAUCGCCGGUGCCUUUCUUAUUUUAUCAGCAUUGAAUGGGAUUCUCAGUGGUGGGCUUCCCGGUUAAGAUAUUCAGGUACCAAACUAUCUCACGCCACAUGAGGUGAAAGGCUUCAUUGAAGCUGCGGAGUCUUCUGGCUUCUCUCAUCAAGGUAGCCUCGGCCCCGCUAGAGGAGAGGCCUACAGAGAUAAUGACCGCAUAUCUCUGAACGAUCCUGAGCUUGCGAAGUGCAUAUGGGAGUCCGGGCUGGAUAAAGUCUUCAGCAGUAUCAAGCUUCAAGGCAGAUCCGCCGUCGGGCUAAAUCCCAAUAUCAGAUUCUACAGGUUGGUUCCCAGAAUAGUAUCAUCUUCCCUCGUAUGUGGGUUGACUAUCUUCCCUACUUGACCUUGCCUACUAUGCCGAAAAACCGUUUUUAUUCUUAAUAUUAUUAAUUUUUACAUAUACCCAGAACAGGGUCAUCGUCCCUCGUCUGUGGGUUGACUUUUUUCUAUCCUUGAUCUUGCCUACUAUGCUGAAAAACCUUUUUUAUUCUUCUUAUUAUUAUUUAUUACAGAUACCCAGAAUAGUAUCAUCAUCCUUCGUUUGUGGGUUGACUAUUUUCCAUCCUUGACCUUGGCCACUACGCUGAAGAACCGUUUUUAUUCUUAUUAUUUUAUUUUUUUACAGAUACCCAGAAUAGUAUCAUCAUCCCUCGUUUUUGGGUUGACUAGUUUCCAUCCUUGACCUUGGCUACGAUGCCCAUAAACUCUUUUAUUAUUAUUAUUAUUAUUAUUAUUAUUAUUAUUUACGGAUACCCAGAAUAGUAUCAUCGUCCCUCGUUACCCAAAAUCCGUUUUUAUUAUAAAAAAAAAUUAAACUUCUGAUGAUCUAUCGGCCUUUCCUCUUCAGGUACAAGGUCGGGCAACGCUUCGGCCGGCACAUCGACGAGAGCGUCGAUCUCGGAAGGGGGAGGAAGACCCAGUACACUCUGCUGAUAUAUCUCAGCGGGCGGCGGGCGGCCCCUGGAGAGAGAAAUGAUCCACGGAGAGGCGGCGGCGAUCCUUCUCCACCGUCGGCCCUCGUCGGCGGCGAGACCGUGUUCUACGAUGAUCGAAGAGGAACCGUAGCCGAGGUACCACUACUAAUCCCUCAUUCUCUCCUUCCUCUUGGGGCCUGACUCUCUCUCUCUCUCUCUCUCUCUUUCUGUGAUUCAGGUGGCUCCGGCGGAGGGGAUGGCGCUGGUUCACAUCCAUGGCGGCAGAUGCAUGCUGCACGAGGCUCGCGCCGUGGUGAAGGGCACCAAGUACAUCCUCCGUUCGGACGUGGUGUUCGCCUGA